AUGGUUUCAAAACCCAAGCGAGUUGCUACUGCAGCAGCAAGAAAGGCGGCUGCACGCAUGCUUGUAGCCGGAGAGAGUACUUCCCACACCUUAGCAGCAGGUGAUUCGUCGCCUGCUGCUGUGAACAGUCCACGUGGUGAGUCACCACGUGUGAUAGGUACAUCCGCUGCGUCUGCAGCGGGUAAUGCGAAUCGUAAUCUGGAUGAGUCUGAAAUAGAGCUCAUCUAUUCUGGUCAGUCGGAUGAUGUAUCCGACUCGAAGGCGACACCUCACGUCUCCGGAUCACCCGGGGCGGACAACGCAAGAGCCAGGUUGACUGGCUCUGGUCAACGUGGCGGUAUCAUGUCCGAGAUCUUCGGAUCGAGCGAUUAUUCCGACGAAUCUCCGCCUCAAGCAAUUCCAUCCAACGAUAGUACGCGUGGUGAUGGUGGUGAUGCAUCUAUGCAUCACCAUGGGCGAAGUAACUCGAGGGACCGGGGUAUCAUUGGUAUCAGCGCUCACGCUGGCACCAUUCAAGAGGCCAGGGACCGAAAUGUCCUGCGCCACUCUCCUCAAGUGGAGUCUCCGUGGAUGCCAUCAUCCAAGGAGUUGGAACGGUUGGCCGUCAUGACUACCGAACGGGAUCAAAUUCCGUUGUUCGACUGUAGGAGGAUUUGUCCUCCUACUUCCCUCUCGGAAACUAUCCGUGCUGAGGAAGAAUUCUCCACCGAUGCGCUUUUUGAACAUCGGUGGUACAGUGGCAACCGUGGUCGAGACAAUAAGGCCUUGGCGCAAGGAUAG